GCAACACCUCAGCAUCCACUCCUCUGCAGCAUCCCCUCAUUUCCCCUCUCAAGCCGCCACUCAGCAUGGCAGCAGCAGUCCUCCCACCAGCGCGGCCACCACCGCCACAGAUGGACAUCGAUGGUCUUGACGGGGACGACACGCUCGACAUGGCCAUGGAGCAGAUAGAUGAAAAAGCAAUCGAGCGAAACGACAGCACAGAGCCAAUGGCCAUGCUUGCCUUCUACAAGCGUCUCCUGCCCUUCAAGUCCCUCUACGUCUGGCUCAACCGAGAUCUCCCACAUCAGCCUACAAAGAACUUCACCAAUCGCGAAUUCGCCUUCACCCUCCUCAAUGACGUGUAUAUCCGCUACCAGUCCUUCUCCAAUUGGGAGGAGUGGAAGAAGGAGGUCGUCCGCCUCAAUCCUGCGCGUUUUGAGAUCGGUCCAGUGUAUACCGCCAAGCCGAAAGAUAGAAAGAUGCUACAGAAAUCGGUCUUUCGCCCCGUAUCACGCGAGCUUGUAGUGGAUAUCGACAUGACCGAUUACGAUGCUAUCCGCACGUGCUGUUCAGGAAAGGGAAUUUGCAAGCGCUGCUGGGCUUGGAUCGCCAUUGCGGUACAGGUGCUGGACGAAGGGCUGCGAUCAGAUUUUGGAUUCAAGCAUCUCCUUUGGGUCUACUCGGGGCGACGUGGUAUCCACUUGUGGAUCUCCGACAAGGAGGCUUGCGAGCUGCAGGACGAUGCGAGAAAGGCGAUUGUGGGGUGGUUGGAGGUUGUCAAGGGCGGGGCGCAGCAGGCUAAGAAGGUUGAAGGCACGACUGGGUCCUUCAACAAGACGCUGCAUCCUGCGCUGAGGAGGGCGAUCGGGAAAGAGGGGGAGAAUGGACCCCUCAAGAGCGCCUUUGUUGAGACCGUGCUGAGGGAUCAGGACUGCUUCAGGGCAAAGGAGCAGUGGGAGAUCUUGCUGCAACUGUUGCCGUCCUCUGAGAGCGACGCCAUAAACAAGCUGCGCAACAAGUGGGAGGGCUCGUCGCGGUCAUCAAUGGACAAAUGGUCCGACAUCUCCUCAGCAGCCGCCAAGUCAGGCGAACGCACCUUCAACAGCGUCUGGAAGCCCGCGAUGGAGGACAUCAUCCUCCAGUACACCUAUCCCCGCAUCGACGCCGAAGUCUCCAAGCACCUCAAUCACUUGCUCAAGUCCCCCUUUGUCGUCCAUCCAGCUACGGGCCGAGUCUGUGUGCCAGUGGACCCAAAGGAGGUGGCUGACUUUGAUCCGGAGAACGACUGCCCCACCGUUGCGCUGCUGUUGAGGGAGCUCAAUGAGUGGCAGAGGACGCAUGGAGCCAGCGGUGGCGAGGUCGGGAAUGUGAAGGGAGAUUGGGAGAAGACGAGCUUGAAGAAGUAUGUGCAGCUGCUUGAUAGGCACUGUGCUGCCAUCUACAAGGAGGCGGCGGCCAGGAAGAGGUCGACGCAGGCCUUUUCGACUGACUUCUGAUCAAGCUGCCCGUCAGAGGAGGCACAGAGUAUUUGGGUCCCAUGGCUUUCUCGUUCAUCAUCAUCACUUCAUGUUCCGUAUCAGCUACCCUUUUUCCUUGUAAUCAUAGCCCGUUUCAGCAUACGAACCUCGAUUAUCGCG